AUGGCGUCCGACGAACAGAAGCCCGACGCCGACCGGUACACCGAGUCUCAGUCCCCGGAGACUGAGAAUCACCCGGAAGGCGUCCCGGCACGGUCAGCAACGACUGCAAGUAAUGCGAUGAAGCAACCGGCGCCGAAGCCGAGUCUCGCGACCAGAUUGGGCCUCGACGCGCCCACGCUCAUCAUGAUGUUCAAGGGCUCAUUGCCCCCCCUCAUCGGCAUCGCCAUCUACCAAUCCACACCUGUGGCACAGUACUUCACAACAAUAGGCUACCUCGUGCCAAUCAUUUCAGUUCUCGCGCUCGCCAUUCUACCGAGAGGCAAGUAUCUUCAGAAUCUUUUCCUCAAUGUCACCGGAAUCCUCCUUGGCGGCGCCUUGUCGAUGCUGGCGCUGUGGUCCGGUGUCCAGGCGCGGAGGAACACCGCUUCCGCCCAAGAACUGGCCUCCGGAUUGCCCGUCUACAACUCGAGCCAGUCGGCCGUCUGCGGAAUCUGGCUGUUCUUCAACAUCUGGAUAUCAAAUACCCUGAGAGCCAAGUACCCUGCGAUGAACCUGCCCGUCAUGAUCUACUCCAUCUUCAUGAACGUGGCUUGCACCUUUGGCCCGUUGAUGGUGACUACCGCAGCCGCCGAGUCGCUUGUGAAGCGGCUCCUCGUGGCAAUGCUUUCCGCCAUGGGCAUCGCGACCGGUGUCUCGCUCUUCGUCUUCCCCGUCUCCAGCAGAAAGGUUGUAAGCGGCGAAUUCAAGGGUGCCAUGGGACUGGUUCGCAAAUCCAUCAAGCUGCAGCUCAACUAUCUGCAUACUUUGUCGAGCCCGGACAUGCUCGAGCGCCACCAGACAAAGAGCAGCAACGUGUUCAAGAAGAACAAGAAGCAAAAGAAACCCGAGCUCACAAAGGAGGCGAAGGCGGCAGGCGAGCUCAAGGCCACGGCCCUGGCGAUCUCAACUCUGUUUGGAAAGAUGCACGGCGACAUGCUCUUCGCCAAGAGGGAUAUUGCUUACGGCAAGCUCGACUCCAAGGAUUUAGGCGAGAUCUUCAACCGUCUGCGAAGCAUCAUGAUUCCAUUGAACGGCAUCAGCACGAUUGUCGAUAUCUUUCGCCGUGCAUCCGAAAAGCACGGAUGGGGCGUCCAAGACGGCAGCGGCGGCGACUCGGACGUGGAGAGGAACAGGGAGAAGAGAGUCUGGAACGACAUCAUGCUUCAACUGGUCGAGCCGUUUGAAAUUCUGACGGAAGCGAUGGACCAAGGCCUCGACCACGUAGGCAUCGUCCUCGAACUGACACCGAAGCCGAAGAAGACCAAGAGUGCCGAUGUGGAGAGGGAGGCCGGUGCCAAACCGAACUCGAAGCCGGGCGAAGCUGGGUUCGCCGAAGUCCUCGCCGAGAAGGUGCAGGACUUCAACGACAAGAAGGGCGAGCUGCUGAGGAACUGGCUGAAGGAGAGGCAGCUCGCGACGGAGCAGGAGCGCCAAGAUCUUCACCUGAGGAAGCUCGAGACCAGGAUGCGGGAGCGCGACCAGACGCAGCUUUAUGUGAUGCUGUACAUGGAGAAGCUCAUGCUCGCCCUCGGCGAAGCGGUGCAGGACCUCGUCAUGUUUGCAGACUCAAAGGUGGCCGACGGCACCAUGGCGAGAAAGCGUCUGAUUGUCCCCUCGCAGAAGCGACUCAAGAAGUGGUUCACGGGCAUCUACAACACCGAGGACGCUUCCCCCGAACAGACGCCGGACAUUGCCGAGAUGGGAGCGAACGUGGUGUACGCCGGUGAUGGCUACAACAAGAAGAAGGACCCCGAGCAUCUUCCCGCUCACGGCGCCUGGCAACAUUUUGGUAACGGGGCGAGGGCAAUCUCUGGCUUCGUCGGAUCCGGCGAAUCGCUUUUCGGCUUCCGUGUCGCCAUUGCCACCAUGACGGUUGGCAUCAUGGCUUUCCUGCAGAGUACCCAGACCUUCUUCACUGAACAGCGGCUUGUGUGGGCAAUGAUCAUGAUCGCCAUCGGCAUGACCAUCACGGCUGGCCAGUCCAUCUUUGGCUUCAUAUGCAGAAUCGGCGGAACCUGUGCUGCUGUCAUUUUCUCCUACAUUAUCUGGUACAUUGUCGUCGAGCACACCGCCGGAGUCAUCGUCUUCCUGUGGCUGUUCAUCUUCGUCGAGCAGUAUUUCAUCUUGAAGUACCCCCGUUUCAUGCCUGUGUGGCUCAUCACCAUCAUCACCCAAGUCCUCAUUAUCGGCUACGAGCUGCAGGUCCAAAAGAUUGGAGAGGCAGCAUCCGCCUCCACGGGACAACGGUACUAUCCUACCUACCUCUUGGCACCCUAUCGCCUUGCCUGUGUAGCGGCCGGUUGCUUCGUCGCCUUCAUCUGGACCAUUUUCCCGGCCCCCAUCACCGAUCGGCGCUGGCUCCGACGAGAUCUUAGUGCCUCACUCUAUCUCAUCGCAAACUACUUUAGUGUCGUGACGGAGACAAUCAAGGCGACCAUGGAAGAGACUCACGGAGACAUCAAGAAGCCCGGCACGCCCGCUCACAAGAUGGAAAAGGAGAGACGUCGGAUCCUGGGCAAGCUGUUGUUGCUGCUCCCCAGCUUGGACAUGCACGCCCAAUGGCAGAAAUGGGAACCUGAUAUCGGCGGCAAGUUUCCCAGGGCCACCUACGAAGACAUCAUCAGUCGGUCGACCAGCACCAUGCGGUACCUGACGCUGAUUGCCUACACAAUCACGUGGAAGCCUCGCGACAAGCCAGCAACGCCCACGUCUGACAGCGACCGAGCCUGGCUGCGCGCUCUCAACCAAGUGCUCGCCGGGAUCGAACCGGCGCAGCACACCAUUCUCUCCACGCUCACGCUCUUGUCCAAUUCGCUGCUGUCGGGCCAGUCCUUGCCGCCCUUUAUGCAACUUCCGAAACCGAAUGAGCUGACCCGCAGACUCCUGCACCUCAAGGGCCCCGAACCGGAGCCGCACACGAUGCAGCGAAGGGGCAGCGAGCUCGAGCACAGACUCGUCACGGUACACACCCGUACGGGAUCCGAAGUACGCCCCUCAGCUCGGAAGCCCAGCCUGGCGGAGUCGCCGGCGAGCGACACGUCGACAAUCACGGGCAUGGCCGAGUUGUCGGAGAUGGUCAGUCCCCUCGGCAGCGGAAGCAUUCUGGACGUGCGGAACGUGGAGCAGCACGGGUAUACCGAGUUCGCGGUACUGCAGGUCUGCAGCUCGCUCGUGUGCGAUGACUUGGAGGGCUUGGUGCGCUCUGUGAGCAGCUUGGUUGGCGUGGUGGACUUCAGCUUCAGGAUCAACCCGAGCGAGACGACGUUGACGAGCAGUGAUGAGGAGGAUUUGAGAGGGAAGGGCAAGCGAGACUAA